AGCAGGUAGUAGGCCAGUGUUUUUAACCGUUUAACGGUUUAAUAAGGUAGCUCAAAGGUUUAAAUCCUUCAAAUUUGGGGUCUUAGUUAAUCACGAUACAUUCGGCCGCUUCCUCUUCAUCAUUCGAUAUCAUCUCAUGUCUCAAGUCUUAUAAGAAGACCAUCUCAUACCCAAUUGAUACUCAUCUACUGAUUGCUUCUCACACAUGAACUACCAACUAAUUCAUCAGAUCUCACUUUAUUUACUCUACGGAGAUAUCAACAUCGUAAAAUACCUACAUAUCGUAAGGAGAUCGUAAAGCCAAAGGUCACAUCAUGGCCUCAAUAAAUGAUCUCGCGACAGCCGCGACCAUAGCGUCAUCGGCUGUAGCACUUCAAGCAUCGCCCAAACCAGAGGCGUCUCAAUCUACCCCUCCACCACGCUCACCGUCUCUAAGCGCCGUAGCAGCAGCCUUAGCAACGCCACCCACCCAGACUGGCUCGUCAUCAGAGUCCAUACAAGCUGCUAGGCCAGACUACGCAAACGAAGAUGGGGACUCUAUAACUGUCGCCACGGGCGCCCCACCCAUCUUAGCCGCGCCUCUGAUCAUAUCUCCGCAGGCCGCGCCAGCGCCACCACCCGUCGCGUCGGACGGGGAAACCGUAGACGCGCUGGGAAUUGGGGGUCCAGAUGAGAGCAGGGGCGCUUCCAACGAGCACAGUCCCACGGGCGACAGCAUGGACGGUGUCGAGAAGGAGGCGGAGCCGGUACCUCAGAAACCUGUGCGCGGCACGUUUGUCGUGUUCGAGGGCAUGGACCGCGCGGGGAAGACCACGCAGGCCAAACUGUUACAGCAGAGGUGCAUCGAGAGCGGGCGGGAAGUGCGGUUCCUGCGGUUCCCCGACAGGACGACGACAAUCGGUCGCAUGAUCGACUUGUACCUGAAAGGCCAGGCGGAGAUCGACGACCACGUCAUUCAUCUGCUGUUCAGCGCUAACCGAUGGGAAGCUGUUAAGAAAAUCCACGCCGAGCUCGAGGCCGGCCACACGAUUAUCUGCGACCGCUUCUACCAUAGCGGCAUCGUGUACAGUGCCGCCAAGAACAUCAAGUCGCUAUCCUUGUCUUGGGCGAAAGCACCCGAGGUUGGGUUGCCACGACCUGACAUGGUGUUGUUCCUGGACCUCGAAGAACAGGUGGCGCGGGAGCGCGGUGGCUGGGGCGGUGAAAUUUAUGAGAAAGGCGAGGUGCAGCGACGCGUUCGCGAUUUAUUCUGGGGCCUUAGUAUGGGGGAUCUCGGCAACGCCGUUAACACCACUACUAGCAGCAAAAACGCGCCUAGAAUCAGGGACCUGGAGAGGCUUGGGAACGGGGCGGGCAGAGGGGAGGCUAGCUCGGAAGAGGGCGAGUUUAGGCAGGAAGAGGAGGACAUCCAGAUCGUGGAUGCGGAUCUCAGUGUCGAGGAGCUGUCCGAGAAGGUGUGGGAGCUGGUACUCCCGAGGCUGGAAGCAGUGGAGCGAGGCGAAGUGGGAAAGACGGUGAGGACGGUGCGGUGAGUUUUCCACAAAUUGGUACUGAAAACGCGGUACGGCACGUCGCGACACGACACGACACGACACGAUACGACACGAUCAUAUUGGACCCUUUACGCGUCUUCCCAGCCUCAUCCGGUCUAUUGGGAAUUGCGCUGUCUCACCUUGAUCCAGGGACUGCUGUCAGAGGGAAGAGACUAGCAAGUCGCGUUAAUUGAAAUCUCAUUUCACCCAAGACACGCGUAGGCAUGUCUUAACUCUACCAGACUACGAGAACACCGUGUGGAGUCCGAAAUGAUGCCCAGUCCGAGCUUUGGGUGGGAUCAAUAUUAAUUACUUGCCUAGGUAGGUGCUCAGGUAGGCUGGGUAGGUUAGGUACCGUCAUUAGGUAGGCCUACAGGUUCGAUCGUUAGUGAUCUUCUACAGCUGUUGUACAACACCUACGUCAAUCAAUCAAUCUAUCAAUCAAUUAAUUGAUCACUGGGCAAGUAAGUAGGUAGUCAACGUUUUUUGUAAAGUGUUUGUCAAUUAUCAAGGAAACUAGUUACACAAGGAAAGAGAAAAGAAAAGAAACAUUGAAUCUGUC